AUGUCUACUGCUCUGUAUACAACGAGGGAGUUCGUUUUACUCUCGUUACCAGGAAAUGCAAAACUUUGUAAAGCAAGCGAUGCUGAUGUUAAUGACUGGUUAGUUAAGGAUUUGGUCGGAGGCAGGACUUUUGUAUCAGAUUUCUCUAUUCCAGAGUUUAAAAUUGGGUCUUUAGACACAUUGGUGUUGCAGUCAGAAGAGUUGGCGAAGAUUGACACACAGAUCAGUGGUUCUGUUGCAAAAGUGGAGGAAAUUUUAGCUGCGUUUACAGAGUCUCAAAAGAACGUAUAUGGUACUAUUUCUGUGAACAAUGUCCCUAUUCCAGAGUACCUAACGAAUUUUCAAUGGCAAACGCGAAAGUUCAACCUGAACAACUCUAUUAAGGAAUUGAUAGCAGAGAUCUCAAAUGAGGCUUUCCAGUUAGACACAGAUGUAAGAGCUUCCUAUACGAACUAUAACAAUGCAAAAUCCAAUUUAGCAGCUGCACAACGCAAAAAAACAGGUGAUUUAUCUGUAAGGUCCCUCCAUGAUAUCGUUACCGCAGACGAUUUCAUAACUAAUAGUGAAUACCUCACUACGGUCUUGAUAGUCGUUCCAAAGAGCUUGAAAGAGGACUUUGAAAAUACCUACGAAACACUGGCAAAGAACGUCGUACCACAGUCGGCCAAAAUCCUAAAGCAGGAUGAUGAAUAUGUCCUGUACAAUGUUCACUUAUUCAAGAAGUCUGUUUCUAGUUUCAUUGCUGCAUGCAGAGAUAGAAAAUUCAUCCCCCGCGAGUUUAACUACUCUGAGGAAAUAUUAGAGCAAUUCAGACAGGAACAUGAUUCCGCCGCUAGCUUAGAACACUCGCUACGUGUCCAACUCGUUAGAUUGGCUAAAGCUGCCUAUUCCGAUAUCUUCGUCAAUUGGUUCCACAUUAAGGCGCUCAGAGUUUUCGUUGAAAGCGUCCUUCGCUACGGCCUACCUCCACAUUUUAUUACAAAAAUUAUAGCUGUGCCUCCAAAAGCAUUCAAGCAAUGCAAAUCUGAGCUAAUGGAAAGAUUCGGAUACCUAGGCGGAAACGCUUUCUCUAAGGACAAACACGGCAAAAUAAAGCGUAACGACUCAUCUUUAAACGAGUACGCUUCUCUUGUUGAUACCGAAUACGAACCGUUUGUCCUCUACACUAUACAACUCUAUACAAAACUCUAG